UAUUACUCAAACAUAUGGAUCUUAAUGAUCCUAUUGAUUUUUUGUGGUGGUGUUAAAGGGGAAGAAAGAAGAGGUGAGUUUAUUUAUUUAUUUGGUUUCUUCAUGCUAACAUCUAAAUUAUACAUUGGUUGAGAUCUACUUUUGAAAUGACUUUACAUGUUAUGACCACAUUCACACUCAAGAAUCAGUAGACAAUUUUUGUUUCAUCAUUUUGAUUACAUUUUUGAUUUUUGUUCGAGAAUAUUGGGGUAUCUAAAGAAAUUACCAGUCCAUAUAUAUACAAUUUUAAAGUUAAGUUUUUAAGUUUCGAAGGAGUUAAGUGUAUCAGAAGUUCUGAUUCAGAACUUCGUGCAAAUGUUUUAACCACAGGUUUCUGGAUUUCAAGUUUGUUGAUUUUUCAGCACUUAAUAUUUAACGCCAAUUUAUCCACUUUUGGUCAUUCAUUUCAAGCAAGUUUAUGUAGCUGUGAUGGAAAAAUGCGUCCACAACUUGCAACUUUGGUAUAGCAGCCGAUUGUGGUGUAAAUAUUUGCACGAGACUCACACACGAUAUAAGAAUAUAUUUGGGUCCAAUUUUCAAUUAAUGGUUUAGUACAUUCAAGUAUUUAGGUACAAUAUCAAUCAACUUAACAUCGAUCAACAAAUAUGUAAAAAAGAGAAUCUUAUAAAAAAAAUCAUGAUCACUAGCGAAGCCACGUUGCCAAAACUUGUACGUUCUUGUUUCUUUACUGCGCACUAUUUUUCAAUGGUGAAGCAGACUGCUUUGUUGAUGUGUUUAAUAAUACGGGUAAAAAUUGUACGUAAGUGUGAGCGAAAUGGCAUGAUUUUUCAGCGCCCGAGGGAAUAGGAACUUCGGAUCUGGUUGAAUGAUGGCUCAAUGGGAAGCCAUCGAUUUUCAUUAUAGAGGUUUGGGGGCAGUGGACACAAUAUUUUUGCCGAAUUCCGCUCGGAAAUCCGAGUUUUGGCCAUAUGUAGAUUUUACCAUAUAAACCAAUGUAAUUACAGCGGUGCCGAUCCACGCUCUGAGGUUUCCAUACAAACUCCCCAUGUAGACGGUCCAACACAGGCAAAAAUCGAAAAAAAGUUCAAUUUGUUUUUUCGAUUCUCAUACAGUAUUCAAUGUGCCCAAUCCAUUGGUGCUAUCGCCACAUCGAAAUUCACACUCGUUAUCAAUUUAUCAUAAUUUUGAAACAGACUGUAUCAUACCCGAAAUUAGAUUCAAAGAGAAAUAACAUCAAUUUGAGAAAAAAAAGUGCCACAAAGCAAGUUUCGGCUUUAAACUGUAACAUGAAUUUUUAUGUUGCACUUUGUUUCUCACAUUUGCUUUGUGUCGCUUUGGUUCAAAAACUUGCGUUGAUGCUCUUUCUUCGUAGACAAAUGCCAUGCUUCGAUUCAAUUCUCAAAUAUUCUGAGGGAAUUUCUUUUGUCGCAACGGGGAUCUUUUUCGACAAUACGAAUGCACUAAAACAUACUUUUCUUUAUCUUGAAUGGUUGAAAAACAUACUUUUUUUUAAUGUGAAAGCCAAAUACAUGAAGAAAAAAAUCAUUCAAAUAGCCACGUGGCUAUGAAAUCCAUACUGACGACAACAUUCGACCUGCCUCUAGUGGUCAUACACACAACACACGUUGAGCGGUCAAUAUAUACACACAAUAUAGAGACGCUAGCAUAGAACUUAUACGGUCUGCGCGAAUUGCAUCUUGAUUAUCGGCCGUACAUACGCUUAUGUGAUUGAAAUUUUCAACUAUAAUCACAAGCGUCGUGUCAGUAGAGCUCAUCUUAUGUUUACAUUGAAAAUACUUGUUAUUGUUGUUGUCGUUGUCAUUUCAUACCCUCGAAUAGUCAAUACGUGUGUUCAAUGGUCAAGAGUAAAACUGAGUGAAACAAAUCGUGGUUCAAAACCUUAACAACAAUCAACUUGGAGUUCCAUCAAUCAACUAGUCAUCUAAAAAAACAAUACAUCACAUAAUUUAUACCGAAUGUCGCGGUACAGAAUCGCGAAUGUCAGUGCGCGCGAACUUGACCAGACAUUACCUCGACUUGCGUCAAAGAUUUUCCAACUGCACACAUAUCGUUGGAAAUUUAGAAUUAACAUGGCUAAACGAUUCGACGAUGGAUUUGGAUUUCUUACAACAUAUUCGUGAAGUGACGGGAUAUGUUUUAAUCAGCUUCGUGAAUGUAGAAAAUGUCGUUUUACCUAGUUUGCAAAUUAUUCGUGGUCAAAUUUUAUUCGAAUUGGGCGCGGAAAACUAUAGUUUGAUCGUCCACAAGUCAGAAAUUAAAUCCCUGGAGCUACCAUCGCUACGGGAAAUCUUAUCGGGGUCAGUGUACAUAAACAAAAAUAAUAAUCUAUGCUUUGCUCAAACGAUUAAUUGGAAGGAAAUUGUUACAGGACCGUUUAAUGUAUCCACAAUUACUGGGCAAAACUGCCCGGAAUGUCAUCGAUCGUGCGUUGAAGGUUGUUGGGGCGAAGGCAUACAUAAUUGCCAGAAAUUUAGCAAAAUCAAGUGUCCGCUACAUUGUAGCGAAGGUAGAUGUUUCGGCCCAAAUUCACAUGAUUGCUGUCAUUUGUCCUGCGCUGGCGGUUGUACUGGCCCAACGAAUAAAGAGUGUUUGGCAUGUCGAAACUUGUAUGAUGACGGUACUUGUAGGAGUGAAUGUCCGAAAGGAAAAUAUCAAUACGCAAACAUGUGUAUGAAAAACUGUCCAGAGAAUUUACUUAAAGAUAAUGGUGCUUGUGUAAUAAGGUGUUCACCAAAUAAAACGACGAAAAAUGGAGAAUGUGUCUAAUGCUGAUUCAAAGUGCUCAGACUUUAAUUAAGCCAGACCGUUUCGUUGGCAUGAAAAUUGUUGAUUUUCCGUUAAAGUCCGGUCUUUAAUUAAAGUCUGGACUUUAAUUUUUCUUGCAUUUUUGGGGGAUUUAUUGAUAGAAUGGAAUGAAUUGGGACAAUUAAUGAUGAUCUGACCCAAAAGCCGUAAGGAAUUUACCAAUUUUUUCGGUUUUUUUCGAUAUUUUAAAUUUUUUACGAAAAUGUUUUUUUCGUUUUUCCUGGCAUUUUUUGAGAAACUUCAAUGCGAUUGAACAUAUUUGGGCAUAAAUAGAGGUUUUCCAUUGGAAUUCUUCAAUUUUUUCGAUUUUUCGUAAUUUUUUUGCAACAUUUUUGAAGUCCUAUAACUUCUCAACGACUCGAAGUAGAGCAAUAGGGUAUGUAGCAACUUUUGAGUAAUCCUCAAGACCUUUGCAUACCAUGUUCUAAAAGUUCUAAGAAUGUACUAAAUUUUGAAAAUCGUUUU